CCCCGCGCCCCGCAGGACCAUGGCCGCGGGACGCAGCCGCCGGGAGCCGCCGCGCGGAUGCCGGGGCGCCCCUCCCUAGCCGGGCGCAGCCUCCUCGUCUCCCGGCCGGCCGGCCGCAUGGGGGGCGGCGGGUCGGCCCUGCGGGUCUGCGCCGACCACCGCGGGGGCAUCAACUGGCUCAGCCUGAGCCCGGACGGGCAGCGCCUGCUGACGGGCAGCGAGGACGGCACGGCCCGGCUCUGGAGCACCGCGGACGGCCAGUGCUGCGCACUCCUGCAAGGGCACGAGAGCUAUGUGACCUUCUGCCAGCUGGAGGACGAAGCUGCCUUCACGUGCAGCGCUGACCACACCAUCAGGAAGUGGGACGUGCGCACCGGGCAGUGUCUGCAGGUCUUCCGAGGACACACGUCCAUCGUGAACAGGAUCCUGGUCGCCAACAACCAGCUCUUCAGCAGCUCCUACGACCGCACAGCUCGAGCCUGGAGCGUGGACGGGGGGCAGGUGUCCCAGGAGUUCCGGGGCCACCGCAACUGCGUGCUGACCCUAGCCUACUCUGCACCCUGGGACCUGCCUGGGGCUCCAUGUGCCGAGGAGGUUGGGGGGCUCCUGGUGACGGGCAGCACGGAUGGCACGGCCAAGGUGUGGCAGGUGGCCAGUGGCUGUUGCCACCAGACGCUGCGGGGCCACACGGGGGCCGUGCUCUGCCUUGUGCUGGACACGCCCAGUCACACCGCCUUCACCGGCAGCACCGACACCACCAUCCGUGCCUGGGACAUCCUGAGCGGGGAGCAGCUGCGGGUGUUCAGGGAGCACCAGGGCUCUGUCAUCUGUCUGGAGCUCGUGAACCGGCACGUAUACUCGGGCAGCGCCGACAGGACGGUCAAGUGCUGGCUGGCCGACACCGGGGAGCGCGUGCGCACGUUUGCGGCCCACCGACAUAGCGUGAGCGCCCUCAAGUACCAUGCAGGCACCUUGUUCACGGGCAGCGGGGACGCCCGCGCGCGCGCCUUCGACGCCCAGUCCGGAGCGCUGCAGAGGGUGUUCCGCGGUCACGCCUUCGUCAUUAACUGCAUCCAGGUGCACGAACAGGUGCUCUACACGGCCUCGCAUGACGGCGCGCUGCGCCUCUGGGACGUGCGCGGCCUCCCGUGCGCCCCACCGCCGCGCCCCACCGCCCCCGCGCGCAGCCGCUCCCGCCUCUUCAGCAACAAGGUGGGCUGCGCCGCCGCGCCCCUGCAGCCCGCCUGA